UUCCUGGGCACUUCUGCUGUCCCUGUCUUGCAGCACAGAGGGCAGUGGCGCUGCCCCAGCCCCUGGCUGUGUCGGGGCGGGCUGCAGAGGGGUAGAGGGCAAUGCCCUGGCAGGUGCAAGGAGUCGUGCUGCGUCGCCAGCUGGCCUGCCACCUCUCCUGCGACCUGGUGUUGCUCCGAGGUCGUGGGGCUGUUUAUAUGACAGCCUCCGCUUUCCUUCGCAUUACAAGCCUCUUCUAGCUGGAGUUGCAGAGAAAGACUGGAAGCAGAGCUCUACAGUCUUGUGUCUACGUACGAUAGCAUUCCUAAACCAUGGACAGAAGAACAGGAUACCCCAGGACAACAGCUGCCACAAGAGCUGUAAUGAAAUAAAGCAACACCUUGAACUGAAAUAAGUUUUCCAUAAACUGAGAAGUUUACCCUGGAUUGGAACUACAAACACUUCCACUGGCACAAAAGCUGUACUAACUUAUGUGAAGGUGGGUCCUUCCUACACAAGUACUGUGAGGGCCAGAAAAUUAAUGUAUGGUUGCAAACAACAGGAAAGAAGAAAGGACAUCAAGUUCUAUAGGAGAUCAUCCAGAUCAUGAUCAGCAGAUAGCAUCCCACAACAUGACCAUGGCUCCUCGGAAAAGGAAUCGUCAUGCUCUGGGAUUUCUUUGUUGCUUUGGAGGCAGCGACCUCCCUGAAAUCAACCUCAAGGACAAUAACCCCCUCCAAUUUCUGGAGUUCUCUGUUCCAAUCCCAUCAGCAGAGGAGCUCAAUGCUAGGUUUGCGGAGCUUGUGGAUGAACUGGAUCUCACGGAUAAGAACAGAGAGGCUAUGUUUGCACUUCCGCCAGAGAAGAAAUGGCAGAUUUACUGCAGCAAAAAGAAGGAACAGGAAGACCCUAAUAAACUUGCUACCAGCUGGCCAGAUUACUACAUUGAUCGCAUCAACUCCAUGGCUGCAAUGCAGACUUUAUAUGCUUUUGAUGACGAAGAAACAGAAAUGAAGAAUAAAAUAGUUGAAGACUUGAAAACAGCUCUGCGGACUCAACCCAUGAGAUUUGUGACCAGGUUUAUUGAGCUGGAUGGCCUGAGCUGUUUGUUGAACUUUCUGAAGAGCAUGGACUAUGAGACCUCAGAGAGCCGCAUACAUACAUCUGUUAUAGGGUGUAUCAAGGCAUUGAUGAACAACUCCCAGGGACGGGCACAUGUCCUAGCUCAUCCAGAAAGCAUUAACAUAAUUUCCCAGAGCUUACGGACUGAGAACAUCAAGACUAAGAUUGCUGUGUUGGAGAUCCUAGGAGCGGUCUGCCUGGUACCAGAUGGCCACAAGAAAGUCCUGCAGGCCAUGCUUCAUUACCAGGUCUAUGCUGCAGAGAGGACAAGAUUCCAGACAUUGCUGAAUGAGCUAGACCGAAGCAUGGGGCGAUAUCGGGAUGAAGUGAAUCUAAAAACAGCCAUCAUGUCCUUUAUCAAUGCUGUUCUGAAUGCAGGUGCUGGUGAGGACAACUUGGAAUUCCGGCUACACCUACGAUAUGAGUUUCUAAUGCUGGGAAUUCAACCUGUUAUUGACAAGCUAAGAGGACAUGAAAAUGCAACAUUAGACAGGCACUUAGAUUUUUUUGAGAUGGUCAGAAAUGAAGAUGACCUGGAACUUGCCAAGCGGUUUGAUAUGGUCCAUAUUGAUACCAAAAGUGCCACUCAGAUGUUUGAGCUGAUCAAGAAGAGAUUGAAGCACACAGAUGCCUACCCCUAUUUGUUAUCAAUCCUCCAGCAUUGCUUGCAGAUGCCUUAUAAGCGGAAUGGGGGAAAUUUCCAGCAAUGGCAGCUGUUAGACAGAAUACUACAACAGAUUGUUCUCCAGGAUGACAGAGGGGAAGAUCCGGAUACAGCUCCUUUGGAAAACUUCAAUGUCAAGAACAUUAUCAAGAUGCUGGUGAAUGAGAAUGAAGUGAAACAGUGGCGGGAUCAGGCAGAGAAGUUCCGAAAAGAACACACAGAGCUGAUGAUCAGGCUGGAGAAGAAGGAGCGGGAAUGUGAGACAAAAACCCAGGAGAAAGAUGAAAUGAUGAAGACAUUGAACAAGAUGAAAGACAAGCUGCAGAAGGAAUCCUUGGAGCUGCGCCAGACCCGGGAUCAGAUGAAUGACCUGGUAGUUCAACUCAGUGAGUUCUCGCAAGGGGGAAGUAUUUCCUUCUCACCCCUACCCCCACCGCCUCCUGGUGGCCCAUUGGCUGUGCCUUCCUCCAUGAUGUCAGAGAGCUUGCCACCCCUUCCACCACCUCUCCCAUUCUCCACUUGUCCUCCUCCACCUGCACCACCGCCACCUCCAGGAGGACCUCCUCCACCACCCGGAGCCCCACCUUUCUUCAGCAUGGGGAUGCCUCUGCCUACCACAACCACCUUCAGCAGUACUGGGACCAGCUUGAAGAAGAAAUCUAUCCCUCAGCCUUCGCACCCCCUGAAAUCCUUCAACUGGGCCAAACUGAAUGAGGAGAAGAUCCACGGCACAAUUUGGCAUGAAAUUGAUGACUUAAAGGCUUUCAAAGUUUUGGACCUGGAGGAUUUUGAAAAAAUGUUCUCAGCUUAUCAAAGACACCAGGACCUGCUAACUAACCCUUCCUCCUGUAAGCAGAAGGAGAUGGGCUCAACUGAAGACCUGUACCUGUCCACACGGAAAGUGAAAGAACUUUCUGUGAUUGAUGGCCGGAGGGCCCAGAACUGUGUCAUUCUCCUCUCCAAGUUGAAGUUAUCCAAUGAAGAAAUCCGACGGGCAAUCUUGAAGAUGGAUGAACAAGAAGAUCUGGCCAAAGAUAUGCUGGAACAGCUGCUGAAGUUUGUUCCUGAAAAGAGUGAUAUUGACCUGCUGGAGGAACAUAAACAUGAAAUUGAUCGCAUGGCCCGGGCUGAUCGUUUCCUUUACGAAAUGAGCAGGAUUGAUCACUACCAGCAGCGGCUGCAAGCAUUAUUCUUUAAGAAGAAGUUGCCAGAGAGACUGGCAGAAUCCAAGCCAAAAGUGGAAGCCAUUCUUCUGGCCUCCAAAGAGCUCAUCCGCAGCAAGCGUUUGAAGCAACUUCUAGAGGUGGUUCUGGCCUUCGGCAACUAUAUGAACAAGGGCCAAAGGGGGAGUGCAUAUGGCUUCAAAGUCUCCAGCCUGAACAAAAUUGCAGACACCAAGUCCAGCAUAGACAGGAACAUUACACUCUUGCACUACCUAAUUAUGAUUUUCGAGAAAAACUACCCAGACCUCCUUGAUAUCCAGUCAGAGCUGCAACAUCUUCCAGAAGCAGCCAAAGUCAACCUGGUGGAACUAGAAAAGGAAGUUAACAACAUAAAGACCGGAUUGAAAGCUGUUGAGGCUGAACUGGACUACCAGAAGAGACGCAUACGGGAACCAGGGGACAGGUUUGUUCCUGUCAUGAGUGACUUCAUCACUGUAGCCAGUUUCAGCUUCUCAGAGAUAGAAGACCUUCUCAACGAGGCCAGGGACAAGUACGCCAAGGCGCUGAAGCAUUUCGGAGAGAACGAAGGCAAGAUGCAGCCAGAUGAAUUUUUUGGCAUCUUCGACACCUUCCUGCAGUCAUUCUUGGAGGCCAAGCAAGAUCUGGAGAAUAUGAGGAAGAAGAAAGAAGAGGAGGAGCGCAGGGCACGCAUGGAGGCCAUGCUGAAAGAGCAAAGGGAGAAAGAGAGGCGACAAAAGAAAGCGAAGGCUGGCAGCAUCUCUGAGGAGGGUGGAGAGUUUGAUGACUUGGUAUCAGCCCUGAGGUCAGGCGAAGUCUUUGACAAAGACUUAUCCAAGCUGAAGCGCAACCGCAAGCGUUCAGGGAACCAGGCCUUGGAGACGAGCCGGGAGCGGGCAGUGACAAAGCUAAAUUAUUAACUGUAAAGGGAAGAAGGAAGAAAAAUAAUCAGCCAAAAGAUGAUGAUGAAGAGCAGUACAAGGAAGGUGAAUGGGUAUGAUGGCAUUUGGCUGACAGCUGUCCCAAUGAAUUUAUCCAGCCUGCAGCUAUAGAUGGUACCUUCUCAUGAUCAGCUUUCUUCCCUUCCCUCCUCUGUGCUCUUCAUUUGUAAAAGUGCCUCCCUGGAGCCAGGAGGGGUUUUGACUGGGCAGUUUGGAGCUGACAGAUUUGCUUCUGGGAGUUCUGCCUCCAACCACAACAAAGGCCCAGUGGAGAUGACAGGAAGUGCUUUGGCCCUUGGGGACUGCUUAGCAGCUCGGGGAGGAUGGUUUGCUGUGUGCCAAAGGAAAAAAUAGCUCUGUUCUCCAUCCCAUUGAGAAUCAUCAAGACUCAGGCUGGCUCUGAAUCUGCCUGCUGCUUCUUCAAUAUCUGGAUCAUCCUUUGAGAGCUUGUCAUGGAGUGGUUCUAGAGUUCUGCAGUUUCGUUCUAGAACUGGAUUUAUAACAAGCCAUUGACUAGAGCCAGAAACAUGCUUUAGAUCUCAUGUACUGUGUACAUAUAUAUAUAUAUUUUUUUUUUUUUUUUUUUUUUUUUUGGUGGCCAUUAAUAUCCAAAGCAAGUGAUUCUCAAAGGGGAGAGAGAAUUUUCAGAAGCAAGAUGGAGGAAUCCUGGUUUGAAAUUCCUUGAUUGGAAUGGGUAGAGUGACCAUUUAUAAAACUCAUCCAGAUUCUUUUGCUAAAAGGCCAUUGCCUGGAAGCUGCUCAAGAUUUUGAGGCUUAAGGAUGUUCUAGACUAUGAGAAGUUGGGAGAAAGAGAGAAGCAAGUGUUCUAGAAAAGGAAAUCUGUCUGGGAAUCUUGAAAACGAGGCCACUGCUGGAUGGGGACAGAUCCAGACACUCCUAGGGCCAGUGGCCAUUGCCAGAUAGUUGGCAGAAAAUAUCUAUCCAAUACUUGUCAUUUCACUUGUUUUUGCAUCAAUUUCUUAGUUCAUCCACAUGGAAAUUGGGAAUUGUCUGGCAUCCUCAUAAGAUUAUAAAUAAAUAUAUCAAAUGAGGUCCCUGGCAGCAGAAAAGAGAUUGUUUUCCAUUUGGUGUGAGCUACAGAUGUAGCUAGCUACAACUAUACUGGGAAAAAACUAGAGCUUGAAUCUAACAGCAUGGCUUUCUCUGCAACCCCCCCUUGAGAGUCACAUAACCUGAUAAUAUAUGUCAAAGACAUCCAUGUUUACCCAGUUUCUUUUCCACUUUGGGAGGGAUUACUGAUGAUGAGUGAACAUAGGAGGCCAUAAACAAAGCAGAUGUUAAGUAGGAGGAUACAGAGUCAAAUGGACCCAGAGGCCUUUGGAGAUUACAGUUAAUUAAUAGGAAAUAUUUUUAAAUUAAAAAACAUGUGAAGCGCACAGCCAAAAAAGCCCAAGAAAGAAGCCUACUGUUGUGUUCAUAUUUCUGUGCACCUUCAUAGUUCUGGCAAUGAGACUAGACUGCGCGGGUUGUUGCGGUUUCUUUCAUCCGGUCUUCCUUAAAUGAACUUUUGGUCAUCUUGCUAGAGAGAGAAAGAAGAGAAGAAAGGAAUGUGUGGAAUCUAGAUACUACAUGCAAGCAUCCUAGAUGAGAGGGGGACAUGUUCUUCGCAAAACACGCAUCCAAAGCAAACAGCAGGAAAUUUGAAAGAAUCCCAUGGAAGUAAAAAACAAAAACAAACAAACAAAAAAAACCGAAAAAAGAAAAAAAGGCUCUAUUCGUCACUUUAUUCACUCUUGGUUUGAUUCUUCUCUGAAUGUCAUUUAAUCUCAGACUCUGCACUGAGUCAGCAGAACAGAACUUCCUGCCCCACGCACGCUGCCUGAUCAGUAUUACGCUCAAACAAUAUUGUGGAAACCAGCUGUGGUGGUUUUCUGAACACCUUGAAAGUUAAAUAAUUAUAUAAACUAUGGAGAUAAGCAAAAAGAAAAAUGUUAAACUGUAGCGUUUUAUUGUUUACUGUAUUUUGAGUCUCCCUCCCCAGAAUUUCCUUCAUUAAGACAUUCCAGUCUGCCGCGCCUUUGUCUACUACUCGUGGUAAAGAGCUGGUAUCUUACAAGAGCUGGGUGCAUUCUCCUUCAUUAUAAUUCCCCUGCCUGUCUGGGGUUAGCAGUUAACAGAAAUUCCCAUUGCAGCAGACUUAAGCACCUUUUAGAUGAGAGACUUUGUAUUUUCAUACAGGUUUGGGGAAGUUUAAGGAAAAAAGCCCUCCUUUUAUAAGCAAUUUUUAUUUUAAAUUACAAAAUAGAUUUAAAAAAAAUCUUUUGUAAAAGAUAUUAAUAAGCUCCUUGCUGCUGUCCAAACUAGAGAUGUACUAUAUCCCAGCCCCCUUUUUUAAAGCAUGCCAUAUAACCUACAUGUUGUAAGCCAUAUGAGACAAUAAUAAUGUGUGCCAAAUUGGUGUACAGUUGAGUUUAGUUUUUGAUUUAAAAGAAAAUCUCCUCCUUAGAGUUUAGAGAUUAAGGAUUAUAAAUAUUGGGAUUUUGCUCCUGUUUUAUCUCUCUGGCUUUUGGACCCACCCAGGAAUUCAGGUUUAGCACCAAGGAGUCAGAUUUCAGCCCUGGUGGAAGAAUAUCUGACUCUGUGGCUUCUUUGGAGUUGCAUCUGCUUGGCCUCCAGUCCAAGACUAAUCCGUUUUAGAAAGAAGUGUUUUUUUGUGUCAAAGAAGAUCCAGCCCAGGCAAAGAACUUUGAAACUACAAGAUGGCAUCCCCACAUCCUGUGAUUGUCACUCUGGGCUUAGGUGAGACUUUUUGAAACUGUAGUUCACCUUGUUGAGCCAUGAAUGUAGUAAAAGCAGAGCCAGGGUGGUUAUUGGACCAGCCCAGCCCAAGGUGCUGCAGAGACCUCUGUCGUGAUUCUGGAUGCUACAGGUUUUGUUGAGAGAGCUGAAGACAACUAUUGAAAUCUUGCCAACUCCCAGAUGAGCACACAAGGGUCAUAAGCCCUGACCUGGAAUGAACUGUAGAUCUACAUUAUUGUAGCUGAUUGAAAAGCUCUCAAUAUACAUUUCCUCUGUCCACUCCAGCUCAUUUUUCUCUGCAGUCAGGAACCCACAACCUUUUAUUUGAGUUUCUGAUGCUUGCUCAUGGCUGCUUUCUCCAUGCCUAAGCAGUCUUUGGACUGUUAACUCCUCUUGUCUGACCAUGAACUCUGUGGUAAGUGUUCUUGAAGAGGGCUCUGAGAUGGAGUUGGUUAUCACUGCCUUGAGUCAGUAAAGGCUGGCAGUAUUUUCUGGCGUGAAAAGGUAGCAGAAAGUAAUGAGGCCUGUUAACAUGUGCUCAGCAUGAAGGGCAUCUUGCCACAAGAAAGGUGGGGAGCAGCUAUCUCUACUCUGGAACUUGCCUUCUAAUAUUGCUGGGCACAUCAUAGCAACAAGCUACAGUGACAUAACUCAUUGCUACAGUUACGUAGCAUCAGCGGGCACAAACUGUGACACCGAUGCUACUACACAGUAGCUCAUUGCUGUUAUGCAGCAGGGUUGGAAACAACCCAUGUGCUGCUGGGACUGGACAGUAAUGGCAGUUACUGCGCAGUUGGGUGCAUAUAUAGACGUGCCCGCUGGAUCCAAGCUCCUGUCUGAUUCUAGAACCAGAAGUGUCCCAGCUGUACAUCUUCUCCACGUCAUCCAGACACAGCCCAGUGCAGUCAGUAAACAGGUAAGGAAAGAUAAACGCCUUGUUCCUUGUCCUCAGUCAAAUAAGGUUUCGUCCUAACAGUGCCCCUAACAUGCAGGAUAUCAUCAGUGAUGACUGGCACAAAGACUGAUGCAUUUUGUAUUUCUAAUUCCUCUCAUUUGCUGCCUAGACUAAGACUUAGCCAUCUGCACUGGCACUCCUGCUAGAGUGAUGGAGCUGUGCCAUUAUACAGUGAGGUAAGAGCUCCCCUAAACAGUCAGUAUGGGCAGAGCUUCAGUGUUUCCCUUGGGGGUCACCAAGGCAUGUUACACUUGCUAGGGAGCCAGCAAGACCUGCAAUAUCUCUUUUGUCCUCUACCCAGAUCUAGGACUCAAAAUCCUCUUUGCCGACUUGUUCAGUUACUCUCCAGCCCCUGCUCUCUCCGGCCCUUCUAACUUCACUCUCUUACUGGGCAAGAAUCUUUGCAGAGCGUACCCAGCCCUUCAGGUGCAUCCUGGUUGGAAAGGAGAUAGGGAGCAGCAUCUGCAUAGAUCUGUAUCUCCUUGUUUCCUUGCAUUCACUGGUAGUUAACAGUCUGAAACCAGCAGCAACAAAGAGAAGUAUUAGCAAGGCCUAUAGGAUGUAUAGCUCAUUCAUUUGAUGGACACGAUGAAUCAAGAAAAUACUUCCCUGGAAAAAUUAUAUUGAUGUUUUCUCCUUGUGGAGGAAACGAGUGUAGCUUUGACUCAGAGGCGGCCGGCACCCUCCACUUUGAAGCAAUCUGGUUUUUUUAGCAUAGCCACCUCCUUGUAACUUGGUGCCUCCUGCAGUGAGCAUGGUGUCUCUGGCUAGAUAUGAAGAUCCUGUCAGCCACUUUCUCAAAAGCCUUUUUGCCACCCCUAGUGAGAUGCUAACAAUAGGCUGCUUAUGCACCAGGGAGCCCCAGGGAAAGAAAAGUGGUGGGAAGUCUGUAUAUAAGGAAAUGUGGACAGGAGAAAAAAAGAGUCCAACCAGUAAAGAGACAUGGCUGAUUCCAAGAUCAUACUCAUAUAAAUGCUCACAGUAAUCCCAGGAAGAAGGAACUAUGGAGCAGUGGCACAACAUAGCUGGUAACUAACUUGCCAACAGGCAGCUGGGACCUGCCAGCCCAGGCCAUGAAGUAGACUGGCAUAAUAGAGCCCUGGCUGGGGAGAUCUACCAGUUCACUUCUUCCUGCUACCAGAGCUUAUGUGGAUGCAUGACAGGAGUUUUUAAUCCAAGUCAAGAUAACAUUCUCUCACCUCCCUUGUGGCAAGUCCAUCCAGAGCCUCUCUGUUACAGGACCAUGUUAAGUGUUUUGCCUCCCAAUCUGGCCCAAAGAUUUCCUUUGCUUACAUCUGGAUGACCCACUGGAGUUUAGCAGAUUGCGUCAGGGUGACCAUAGAAGAGAUACUAACACAAGUGCUUGGUCAGUUCACUCUUCCUCUCUGUCUUCUACUUCCAUCAUUGUUCUCAUCAAUCACAAGCAGAAUUUCCAGAGACAAGGUAAAAUGACAUUAAAGCUGCUCCAGGACAUAGGAGCACAAAGGCCAUCUCCUGUCCUGCAGGAGACAAAAGCUUUGAGCACCAAAUCUCUAUAACAACAACAGCAGGACUAGUGCUUCGAGGUGAGAGACUUCCCAAAGGGGAAGACAACUUGGGUGUCCUUUUAAAAGCAUUUCUGUAAUGUGUUCAUGGUGUCUGAGGAAGGGAGAAGGAUGGUGAGGGGCCCUACUGGAAAGAUGUGGGAUCGACAUUACUGUUAGGGUUAGCUUCUUUGGAUGAAUCUUUUCUUUUUUUCAGGCAAGCUUAUGCUUUGAGCUGGAUUGUAUGGGGAGAGGCUAUGGGAGAAAUGUCUUUGAGGGGAAUGGAGAUCAGUUCUACAGUUCAUAUGUACAUGAUGUAUGCAGUUUUGUUUCUGGGUUGGGUUUAUUAGUAUUAUUAUUAUUAUUUUUGGUUAAAUGUUUAAAAAAUAAUUAAGGUUUAGGAAUCUCUAAGGGGAACUUGUAAAUCUGACACCUCUAUUUAUUUUGCCUUAUUUUAGUUUGCUAUGUCUGUAUGUAUACACUGCCUUGCAGCAAAGGACUAUUGAGACUGUGCCAGGGCAUUACACCAGCUAGACAGUCGGUUUGACUAUUCCAGGAGAGGCUGUGGUAGGCCAGGGGUUGUGUACGGUCAGAAUUGGUGGGGGAAGCGUGCUGCCCCGUAGGUGUGGGCUGUCCCCAGUGAUGUUUUUUUCAAUCAUCGCUACGACCAAUACAGAUGAUGUUUUAUUGCACAUUUUUUACUUUAUCCCAAUCAUGACUCAGAGUAGUGGGACAGAGGAGUAAAAAGCUGUAUUAGCACUCACUUCGCAUUCCCAAAUUCUGCCUUUAAUCUGAAAGGAGUUGAGCAUUUCUACAGAAGCAAGACUAUUCUUUAUGUUCUUAUUGGAGUUAACAUAUUGCUGAGAUUGAACUGGGACAGUUCUCACCCUUCAAAACUAUUGUUCCUUGUUAUCUGCAGACUCAAGGAGGCAGCAUUUCCUUUUUUUCUACAUUUACAAGGUUUUCUUUCCUUAAGGACUAUUUAAAAAAAAAUAUCUAAAUUCUGCAGAAACAGAUGGCUUCUGCUGUGAAUUGAUUCUAGGCACCUAUUGAGUCCACUGUGCAGUUUGAUUAAUUUUUUUUUCUAUUCCACUUCAUUGGCUCAACGUCAGUGAGGCUGAAUGAAGGCUUUCAACUCAUUUAGUUUCUGUGGGCUGACAGUAACUGAGUACUUGAUCCCAACUUCUUGGCUUGUGCCCAAGUAUCAGGUAAGACCAGGUGCAUUCAGUCUAGGGUGGCCAUAGGCAGCUGACCAUGUGCAAAUGUAGAAUUUAGAAGUCACUUAAUCCUUGGGAGGAUGAUGACAAAAAACAAAGUUGGCCAAAUUUUGCUCAGUAUAACUCACAGACCAGAUUGUGUUUGUCAGCCUAAAACAGGGCUAUAGUGUCUUGUUCCCAGUUGCUUUUUAUUUUUGUGAUAAUGCUCUAUUGAAAAUUCUCCAGAGCAAAUCUGAUAGCACUGCCAUAAUGCAUGUACUGCUGAAGGAAUGCCCAACAGAUCUCUAAGGCCAUCUUUGUCUCUAUUACUGAUAAUCUAGAUCAACUCCAGUGUAGUCAUUACAUCUUGCUCUGGUUUUAUACCCAUGUAACUCAGAGUAGGAUCUCACCUUAAACUCACCAUAAUCUUAUAGGGUGAGUUACCCAUAAGAUGUUCCACUGAUCUCCUGAAGGACAUUGCGAGAAGGGUUUAUGCCAGCAGCCAGAUUGCUAAUCUUUGAAACCCUAUAUGCCCAGUCUAUAACACAUCCUUCUACUCCACCUCCUAAAAAAACUUUCUAAAAUUGCUUAGAAUUCUGAAAUGAAAUGUCAGGAGUUAAGGAAGCAGGAUAGGUGAAUGCUUCCUCCUUUUAGGAUCUUGUCACUCCUUUGGGGCUGAUUUAGCUUGAAACUUGCUAUCUACUUUGAGAGCCUCCCACACGCUCAGUUAGAAAGCAGGAUGCUCCCCACACAUGGAGGGUUGUGUGAGGCUGUGCUGCUGUAAUGCCUUGGUGUAUCCUCAUUUCUUGGUCAAUUUAAGACUAUAAAUGAAUUAAAUGUACAAAUCCUGUAGUGUCCUUUUUAUCUGCACCUUUUUAUAAGAAUAUGCUGUAAUACUAAAAAAAAAUAAAAAAAAAAUAAAGAUAUAUUGCCCCCCA